CUUUUGGACAGCUCCCGUUUGUGAGCCUCUUCGUCCACAUGGAGCCCCCGGUGUGAUCGCGGGGAGGGGGGCGUGGAAGACCCCCCCCCCACCACCACCUCUUAAAAAAAAAAAAAAAAAAAUUCUUCACGAGCCACCCUCCCACGAUGGGACCGUGUCCCCGGACUCGGUGACGGCGCCGCCUGCUCCCGAAGCAUGGUGCCCUCGCGCCGGAGGAGGAGGUCUGUUUGUCGCGCUGUGUCCCCGGAACGGCGACGCUGGUUCUCGGCGGAUUUGUCAGCCCACUCAAUGAAGCCAAGAUCCGAGCUCCUCUCAUUGUGAUCUUCAUCAUCGGCGAGGAGGGAGAUGUGCCCGUCGUCACUGCGAGGGCAAAUGAGUCACGACCAUACUUUCCACUAUGUAGAGCAAAGCAACGCAGGAGGUGUGAAUGGAGCCGAGCCGGGUUACUGUCGCUGUGGCUAUCGUUUUACACCUGCCCUGAUUUAGUGUGAACGUCCCUCGGAAACCUUUCAACAUGAGCAACCACCACGCCCCUCCUCAAGCUGCAUCCUCCGAGCUGGAGGUGAUCUCCCAGCAGGUGGAGGAGGAAAACCAAUGUGUGGCCCCAGUUCAGCUGGUUAGCUUCAACUACAGAGACUUGCCUCUGGCCGCCCUGGAUGUCUCUCUGGCUGGUUCUCAGCUCAUCUCCAACCCGGAUGAAGAGGACAACCGAGAGGGGUCCAAUUGGCUGAAGCCGUGCUGCGGGGGCCGGGCGGCGCUGUGGCAAGUGUGCCUGGCGUCGGCCGGCUUCAAUUGCGUCCUGGUGGCCUGCGUGGUUCUGGUGGUGCUGCUGCUCACUCUGGAGCUGCUCGUCGACACAAAGCUGCUGCAGUUUAACAACGCGUCCCAGUUCGCUGGCGUCAUCCACUGGGUCAGCCUGGCUAUCCUGUCUGUGUUCUUCACCGAAACCGUUUUCAGGAUUGUGGUGCUGGGGAUAUGGGAUUACAUCGAGAAUAAAGUGGAGGUGUUCGACGGAGCUGUCAUCGUCCUUUCGCUGGCCCCUAUGGUGGCCUCCACCGUGGCCAACGGGCCCAGCAGCCCCUGGGACGCCAUCGGCCUCAUCAUUACGCUGCGCAUCUGGAGGGUAAAAAGGGUAAUCGACGCCUACGUGCUGCAAGUGAAGGUGGAGAUGGAGCUGGAGAUCCAGCAGUACGAGAAGGCCAAGGCGGUGAGAGAGGAGCAGCUCGACCGCCUCACUCAGAUCUGCCAGGAGCAGGCGUUUGAAAUCCGGCAGCUGAGGGCCCACCUGGCCCAGCAGGACCUGGAUCUGGUGGCGGAGCGGGAAGCAGCCAUGCAGAUCCACCAUAUGUGGGGUAAAACGAACAGCAGUUUCCAUGAAGUGGACGGACUGGCCCCUGGGGUCUCCGAUCAUCACAGGCCAGCCAAAGUCCGAGAGACUGGAGGGCCCCCAGAUCACCACGGCCAAGACGACAUGAACAACUACAUCAGUCAAUAUUAUAGCGAGCCGAGCAGCGACAUGGGCGUCCCCGACCCGGCCGCACGCGUCAUCACCACAGCGGCCAUCGACGUCCACCUCCCCAACAACCCCAGCCAUUUCCCUCCGUCUCUGGUGAGCUCCGACGCCCUGUCCGACGGCCUCUCCGACGGCCGACUGCGGCGUGCCAACAGCUCGGCCAGCGACGCCUCGACCACGACGACGUCGCGCAUCAGCAGCCGCUCCACCGUGCGCGAGGCCUCCACGUCCACAGACUACAGCGACCAGCGCUGCUACCCACCUCCCUACACCAGCCCCCUGGCGCUGGCCCCUCAGCCCAGGGGGAGUCCCAGCGCCGUGGUGCAGGAGCUGCUCUCCUCUCUGUCCGAGGACUCCUGUCUGAGCCAAAAGGGUCUGGACCCCGUCAACCUCAAACCGCCCAGCCCCACCGGUUCUUCCAAAAACAGCCCCGAUCUGGAGAACAGGGUGAACAUCUAUAACAAGAGGAACCAGGAAAGCCGGCUCGGCUCGCACGCCAAAGCACUCAUCCAGCUGCAGGGAACUGAAGCUUUCCUGGAGGAGAAGUACAGGAUGAUGGAGCCAGUCGAUGCGCCCGUCCAUCAUCUAUCCGGGACAUAAGGUGGUGGAAGAGAGCAGGAACAUGGACCUAAAUCAAUCCAGUCCAUCGUCUGUCUGGGACAGGACGUGGUGGGGAGAGAACAGGAACAAGAUCCUCACUUGAUGCUCCAAGCCACCGUCUGUCAGUGACAUGAGAUGGUGUACAAGAACGUGAACCUCAACAGACUCUUGAAUCCAUCAUCUGGCUGAGACAUAAGGCAGUGGCAGGAACCUUCAUAGAUGCUGCUGCCAAUAAUCUGUCUGGGAUGUAACAUGGUAGCACAGAGCAGGAACAGGAACCUCAAAAGAUGUUUGAAUUCAUUAUCUCAAUGAGACAUAAGACAGAGCUAGAACAGGAACCUCGAUUGAGAUCCUAAGCCAUCAUCUCUCCGAGACAUAACAUACUGGCACAGAGCAGGAACAGGGUCCUCAAAAGAUGCGCAAAAACAUUAUCUGUCUGAGAAAUAAGAUGGUAGGAGAGAGCGGGAACAGGAACCUCAAAAGAUGUUUGAAUUCAUCAUCUGUCUGAGACAUAACAGAGAGCCGGAACAGGAGCCUGGAUUGAUAUCUCAAGCUGUUUUCCGUCUAAGACAUAAAUUGUCCAAAGAGAGCCGGAACAGGAACCUCAAAAGAUUCUUUAAUCCAUCAUCUGUCUGUGACAUAUGGUAGUGGAAUACAGCAGGAACAGAAACCCUCAGAGAUGCUGCUGUCAAUAAUCUGUCUGGGACAUAACAUGGUAGCAGGAACAGGAACCUCAAAAGAACUUUGAAUUCAUCAUCUAUCUGAGACAUAAGACGGAGCCAGAACAGGAACCUCAAUUGAUAUCCCAAGCCAUCAUCUGUCCAAGACAUAACAUAGUGGCACAGAGCAGGAACAGGAUCUUCAAAAGAUGCCUGUCUGAGAAUUAAGAUGGUAUAAGAGAGCAGGAACAGAAGCCUCAAAAGAUGUUUCAGUUCAUCAUCUGUCUGUGGCACAAGACGGAGCCGGAGCAGGAACCUCAAUUGAUAUCCCAAACCGUCAUCUGCGUGAGACAUAAGUUGGUCAAAGAGUUGGAACGGGAACCCCAAAAGAGGCUGGAAUCCAUCAUCUGUCUGAGACAUGCAGUGGUGGAAAAGAGCACUAAUAGGAACCUUCAUAGAUAUUGCUGCCAAUCAUGUUUGCCAAAUAACAUGGUAGAAGAGAGCAGGAUCAGAACAUCAAAUAAUGCUCAAAUCCACCCAAUCCAAAACAUAUAGUGGCACAGUGCAGGAAUGGGAAGCUGCAUAGAUGCUCCAAAACAUCAUUUGUCUGAGACGUGUUGGUAGAAGAGGGCAGGAACAUGAACCAUAAUGAUAAUUAAAAAAUUAAUAAUGAUAAAGAAGAUAAUAUGCUCCAAAUCAUCAUGUCUGAGACAUAGGGUGAUGUAAGAGAACUGGAACAUGAAUAGAUAACCCCAAAACAUAAUCCCUCAGAAACAUAAGAGAAGAAGCUGAACACAUGACCAGGCAGAUCAAUCAAUGCCCCAAACCAUUCUCUGUUUGAGACAUUACAUGAUGGAGGGGAGCAGGAACAGGAACCUCAAUUGAUGCUCCAGUCUGGGACCUAACAGUGUAUGAGAGCAGGAACAGGAACCUAAGUCAGUGUUCCUGUCAGUUAUCAGUCAAGGAUAUAGGGUAGUGAAAGAGCACAGGAACAGGUAUGUGACUAGAUAACCCAUCCAUCAUGUGAUGGACAAAGCGCAAGUUUCACUUGCAUUUGUGUGCACGCAUGAACAUGCCGGAGGGUCACGUUUCAGGAAAUGACUCUCACAGACACUUUUAUGAUCAUUUGCAAGAAACUUGAGCAGCAACAGGACACCUUCCUCAUGCUCAACGGACUUGGCACCCUUGCAAGCAUGUCAGCUUUUUUUAAACAGUUUGAUGAAAUUACUGCAGGCUACAAGUGGAAUCUGUGUUGAGAUAAAGUUGUUUCUAAUCUUUGUCUUUCUACUUUAGCUAUGUUUGUAACUGAAAUUCCAUUAAUGGAGUUUUAAAAAAACGUUUUUUGCAAUUGAGCCAAGUUCAGCUUGGGCAGUGCUGAAAUUUUAAUAUGUGCAUUGAUGACAUCAAAGUCAAGGUGAUUGUAUGACUGGCUUUUAAUGCUUACGAAGGUGUGUAAAUAUUUGCAAACAGGAGGAAUUAUGUGUGUCUAUUACAAAUUGCUCAUCGCAUGAACCUUCUACAAAAUCGCACAUCAACUUUAUUGUACUGGCAACAGACGUUUUCUAUCUCGGUCAUCCCGUUAAGCCGACCAAUAAAGGGAAAAAGAACACCCGA